AUGGCCGAGCCCAUUAACCGCAAGGGUAACGCCGCUGGCGCGCCGGCCCCGAUCUCGUCACGAGCGGCGGCACCCGGUGUUGAUAGUAUCAAGGAAGAGGACCUCGACCGCGCGGCAGCAGCUUCGAUAUUCGCCCAGAACCCCAAACUCGUCUCGAUGAUGCAGAACAAGCUCCAAGGCCUAGUCGGCCGCUCCUCAGGCUACGUCGAAUCGCUUCCAGCUCCCGUGCGCAGACGUGUGGACGGCCUGAAGGGCGUGCAGAAGGAGCACUCCAAGCUCGAAGCUGAGUUCCAAGAAGAGGUGCUGCAGCUCGAGAAGAAGUUUUUCGCCAAAUUCACCCCGCUCUACGAGAAGCGCUCGAAGAUCGUCAACGGCCAGUCCGAGCCUACUGAGGACGAGAUCGAGGCGGGCAAGGCGGACGAAGAGGAAGACGACGAGGAGGCGGAGAAGCCGGAGGAGUCGACCGAUGCGUCUGCCGCGGACAUGAAGGGUAUCCCAGAGUUCUGGCUCAGCGCGAUGAAAAACUCGUCGCUUGCGGAGACCAUCACCGACCGUGACGAGGAGGCGCUCAAGCUUCUCACUGACAUCCGCAUGGAGUACCUCGACCGCCCCGGCUUCCGCCUGAUCUUCGAGUUCGCCGAGAACGAGUUCUUCACCAACAAGACCAUCACCAAGACCUACUUCUACCAGGAGGAGAACGGCUACGGUGGUGACUUCAUCUACGACCACGCUGAGGGCGACAAGAUUGACUGGAAGUCUGGAAAGGAUCUGACGGUGAAGGUGGAGAGUAAGAAGCAGCGCAACAAGAACACCAAGCAAACCCGCAUCGUCAAGAAGACCAUUCCCACCCCAUCCUUCUUCGACUUCUUCAACCCUGCCUCACCACCUGCGGACGAAGACGAGGAGAUUGACGAGGAGAUCGAGGCCAAGCUCGAGCUUGACUACCAGCUCGGCGAGGACAUCAAGGAGAAGCUCAUCCCACGCGCCAUCGACUGGUUUACUGGUGAGGCGCUGCAGUUCGAGCAGGGUCUGGAUGACUUCGACGAGGAUGAGUUCGAGGAUGAAGAUGAUGAAGACGACGAGGAUGACGAGCGUGAUGAGGACGAUGAGGAUGAAGACGAUGACGAGGAGGACGGGUCGAAACCGAAGCAAGAGACUGCGGAGUGCAAGCAGAGCUAG